AUGGUUCUUAGUGCACACCCUGAGCUUGAGUGGGAUCGUGAGGUUGUGACCACGCAGAACACACUCACAGCCUGUUCUUUCUCCUCACAGGGCGAUGCUGCUACCAGCUUUCUCAGGGCAGCAAGAUCAGGGAACUUGGAUAAAGCUUUGGAUUACCUGCAGAAUGGGGUAGACAUCAACACCUGUAACCAGAAUGGGCUGAACGGCUUGCACCUGGCCUCGAAAGAAGGCCACGUGAAGAUGGUGGUUGAACUUCUGCACAAAGAGAUCAUUCUAGAAACCACAACCAAGAAAGGGAACACGGCUCUGCACAUCGCUGCCCUCGCUGGUCAGGACGAGGUGGUCCGGGAGCUGGUCAAUUAUGGAGCCAACGUCAACGCCCAGUCCCAGAAAGGCUUCACACCCCUGUACAUGGCAGCACAAGAGAAUCACUUGGAAGUGGUUAAGUUCUUACUGGAGAAUGGAGCUAAUCAGAACGUAGCCACAGAAGACGGCUUCACCCCUCUCGCCGUGGCUCUGCAGCAGGGCCACGAGAACGUGGUGGCACACCUCAUCAACUAUGGGACGAAGGGGAAGGUGCGCCUCCCUGCCCUGCACAUCGCGGCCCGCAACGACGACACACGGACGGCAGCGGUGCUUCUGCAGAACGACCCCAACCCGGACGUGCUUUCCAAGACAGGAUUUACCCCCCUCCACAUCGCAGCUCACUAUGAGAACCUCAACGUGGCCCAGCUACUCCUCAACCGGGGAGCCAGUGUCAACUUCACGCCACAGAACGGCAUCACGCCUCUGCACAUCGCCUCCCGCCGGGGGAACGUGAUCAUGGUGCGGCUCCUGCUGGACCGCGGGGCCCAGAUAGAGACAAGGACCAAGGAUGAAUUGACACCUCUCCACUGUGCAGCUCGGAAUGGGCACGUGCGAAUCUCAGAGAUCCUGCUGGACCACGGGGCACCCAUCCAAGCCAAAACCAAGAACGGCUUGUCCCCAAUUCACAUGGCGGCUCAGGGAGACCACCUUGACUGUGUUCGACUUCUAUUGCAAUACAACGCAGAAAUAGAUGACAUCACCCUGGAUCACCUGACCCCCCUCCACGUGGCAGCCCACUGUGGCCAUCACAGAGUGGCCAAGGUCCUUUUGGAUAAAGGGGCCAAGCCAAACUCCAGAGCCCUGAAUGGCUUCACCCCCUUACACAUCGCCUGCAAGAAGAACCACAUCCGGGUCAUGGAGCUGCUGCUGAAGAUGGGAGCUUCCAUCGACGCUGUCACCGAGUCCGGCCUGACCCCUCUCCACGUGGCCUCCUUCAUGGGGCACCUGCCCAUUGUGAAGAACCUCCUGCAGCGGGGGGCAUCGCCCAAUGUCUCCAACGUGAAAGUGGAGACCCCGCUACACAUGGCAGCCAGGGCAGGGCACAUGGAAGUCGCCAAAUACCUGCUCCAGAACAAAGCCAAAGUCAAUGCCAAGGCCAAGGAUGACCAGACCCCACUUCACUGUGCAGCUCGCAUCGGCCAUACAAACAUGGUGAAGCUCCUGCUAGAAAACAGUGCCAACCCCAACCUGACCACCACUGCCGGGCACACCCCCCUGCACAUUGCAGCUCGAGAGGGCCACGUGGAAACGGCUCUGGCCCUGCUGGAAAAGGAAGCGUCCCAGGCAUGCAUGACCAAGAAAGGAUUUACCCCUCUCCAUGUGGCGGCCAAGUACGGGAGGGCUCGGGUGGCAGAGGUGCUGCUGGAGCGGGACGCACACCCCAACGCCGCCGGGAAGUACGGCCUGACUCCCCUGCACAUGGCCGUCCACCACAACCACCUGGACAUCGUCAAGCUGCUGCUGCCGCGGGGCGGCUCCCCACACAGUCCUGCUUUGAAUGGCUACACCCCUUUGCACAUCGCUGCCAAGCAGAACCAGAUGGAGGUGGCCCGCAAUCUGCUGCAGUACGGGGCGUCCCCGAACGCAGAGUCGGUGCAGGGCGUGACACCCCUUCACCUGGCUGCCCAGGAUGGUCAUGCGGAGAUGGUGGCCCUGCUACUCUCCAGACAAGCCAACGGCAACCUGGGGAACAAGAGCGGACUCACCCCCCUCCACCUGGUGGCACAAGAAGGCCACGUUUCAGUGGCAGACAUGCUGAUCAAACACGGUGUCAUGGUGGACGCCCCCACCCGGAUGGGUUACACCCCCCUCCACGUGGCCAGUCAUUAUGGAAACAUCAAGAUGGUGAAGUUCCUGCUACAGCACCAGGCAGACGUCAAUGCCAAGACCAAGCUAGGAUACAGCCCCUUGCACCAGGCGGCCCAGCAGGGACACACAGACAUCGUGACACUGCUUCUCAAAAAUGGUGCUUCCCCAAACGAGGUCAGCUCGAAUGGAACCACGCCUCUGGCAAUAGCCAAGCGCUUGGGCUACAUCUCUGUAACAGACGUGCUCAAGGUUGUCACAGAUGAACCCAGUGUCGUGUUAGUCAGUGACAAGCACCGGAUGAGUUUCCCUGAGACAGUAGAUGAGAUCCUGGAUGUUUCUGAAGAUGAAGGAGAAGAACUCGUCGGCUCCAGGGCUGAGAGGCAGGACUCCAGGGAUGUAGAUGAAGAGAAAGAGCUGCUGGAUUUUGUGCCGAAGCUGGAUCAAGUGGUGGAAUCUCCAGCCAUCCCAAGGAUUCCCUGUGUCACACCUGAGACAGUGGUGAUCAGAUCUGAAGAGCCAGAGCAGGCAUCUAAAGAGUAUGAUGAAGACUCACUCAUCCCCAGCAGCCCGGCCACAGAGACCUCAGACAACAUCAGCCCGGUGGCCAGCCCCGUGCACACAGGGUUUCUGGUGAGCUUCAUGGUGGACGCCCGGGGAGGCUCCAUGAGAGGGAGUCGGCACAACGGCCUGCGGGUGGUGAUCCCGCCUCGGACGUGUGCGGCACCCACUCGCAUCACCUGCCGCCUGGUCAAGCCGCAGAAGCUGAGCACGCCGCCCCCGCUGGCCGAGGAGGAGGGCCUGGCCAGCAGGAUCAUCGCGCUGGGGCCCACGGGGGCUCAGUUCUUGAGCCCUGUGAUUGUGGAGAUCCCCCACUUCGCCUCCCAUGGCCGCGGGGAUCGCGAGCUCGUGGUGCUGCGGAGUGAAAACGGCUCCGUGUGGAAGGAACACAAGAGCCGCUACGGAGAAAGCUACCUGGACCAGAUCCUCAACGGAAUGGACGAAGAACUGGGGAGUCUGGAGGAGCUGGAGAAGAAGCGGGUGUGCCGCAUCAUCACCACGGACUUCCCCUUGUACUUCGUGAUCAUGUCCCGGCUCUGCCAGGACUACGACACCAUCGGCCCUGAAGGGGGCUCUCUAAAGAGCAAGCUGGUGCCCCUGGUGCAGGCGACCUUCCCAGAAAACGCCGUCACCAAGAGAGUGAAGCUGGCUCUGCAGGCCCAGCCUGUUCCAGAUGAGCUUGUCACCAAACUCCUGGGCAACCAGGCCACGUUCAGCCCCAUUGUCACCGUGGAGCCCAGGCGCCGGAAAUUUCACCGGCCCAUCGGGCUGCGGAUCCCACUCCCUCCUUCCUGGACGGACAACCCACGGGACAGCGGGGAGGGAGACACCACCAGCCUGCGCCUGCUCUGCAGCGUCAUUGGAGGAACAGACCAAGCCCAGUGGGAAGAUAUAACAGGAACAACCAAGCUUGUAUAUGCCAACGAGUGUGCCACCUUCACCACCAACGUCUCUGCCAGGUUUUGGCUGUCGGACUGUCCUCGGACGGCUGAGGCCGUGAACUUCGCCACCCUGCUGUACAAGGAGCUGACCGCGGUGCCCUACAUGGCCAAGUUUGUCAUUUUUGCCAAGAUGAAUGACCCGCGAGAAGGGCGGCUUCGCUGCUACUGUAUGACGGACGAUAAGGUGGACAAGACCCUCGAGCAUCACGAGAACUUCGUUGAGGUGGCCCGGAGCAGGGACAUAGAGGUGCUGGAGGGGACGCCCCUGUUCGCAGAACUCUCCGGGAACCUGGUGCCCGUCAAAAAAGCUGCCCAGCAGCGGAGUUUCCAGUUCCAGUCAUUCCGGGAGAACCGUCUGGCCAUUCCUGUGAAGGUGAGGGACAGCAGCCGAGAACCAGGAGGGUCCUUGUCGUUCCUGCGCAAGGCGAUGAAGUACGAGGACACGCAGCACAUCCUCUGCCACUUGAACAUCACCAUGCCCCCCUGCACCAAGGUGAGCUGCCCCCUGAGGCGGAUGCUGGGCCAGAGUGGGACGGACCGAGCAGACAUGAAGAUGGCCAUUAUAUCCGAACACCUGGGUCUCAGCUGGGCAGAGCUGGCCCGGGAGCUGCAGUUCAGCGUGGAAGACAUCAACAGGAUCCGCGUAGAAAACCCCAACUCGCUGUUGGAGCAGAGCGCAGCCUUGUUGAACCUCUGGGUCAUCCGUGAAGGCACAAACGCCAAGAUGGAGAACCUGUACGCCGCCCUGCGGAACAUUGACCGGAGCGAGAUCGUGAACAUGUUGGAAGGCUCUGGCAGACAAAGCCGCAAUCUGAAACCGGACCGGCGGCACACGGAGCGGGACUACUCCUCCUCGCCCUCCCAGAUGAAUGGUUACUCCUCGCUGCAGGACGAGCUGCUGUCCCCUGCCUCCCUGCACUACGCGCUUCCCUCUCCGCUGCGUGCAGACCAGUACUGGAACGAGGUGGCCGUCAUAGACGCCAUCCCCUUGGCGGCCACGGAGCAUGACGCCAUGCUGGAGAUGUCUGACAUGCAGGUGUGGUCCGCGGGCCUCACACCCUCUCUGGUCACUGCUGAGGACUCCUCUCUGGAGUGCAGCAAGGCCGAGGACUCUGACGCCACCGGCCACGAGUGGAAGCUGGAGGGGGCGUUCUCCGAGGGAACCCAGGGCCCCACGCUGGGCUCUCUGGACCUUGUGGAGGAUGACACAGUGGAUUCAGAUGCCACAAAUGGCCUUAUCGAUUUGCUUGACCAGGAGGAAGGUCAGAGGUCAGAAGAGAAGCUGCCAGGUCAUAAGAGGCAGGAGGACUCGACAGGUGCAGGGCAGGACUCAGAGAAUGAAGUGUCUCUUGUUUCAGGCCAGCAGAGGGUGCAAGCCCGCAUCACAGAAUCCCCCACUGUGAGUCGGGUGAUGGAGACAAGCCAGGACAGACUGCAGGACUGGGAUGGGGAAGGCUCCAUUGUCUCGUACCUGCAAGAUGCUGCACAAGGUUCCUGGCAAGAGGAGGUCACGCGAGGCCCACACUCAUUCCAGAGAACCGUCACCACCGUCAAAGGGCUGGAGCCCAGUGGGUCUCGGGAGUAUGAGAAGGUCCUGGUGUCUGCGACUGAGCACUUGCAGCCAGAGCAGAGAGCCUGCAGGCUGACUGGGAACGAAGACAACAAGGCCACCGAGAGCGGGUGCAGGAGGCAGAGAGCACCUUCUCCCAGCUGGUAA